ACACACACACACACACCUUCACCUCCAUCCUCAUCCUCCUCUUCUUCGGUGGAUGGAGAGAAUAAUAACAGCGGAGCUUCAUCAUCUUCAUCAUCUUCAUCCUCACUGUGCAGCAUCACAGCAUCAUCUUCAUCAUCAUCUUCAUCAUCGUCGUCUCCUCGCGCUGCUGCGCUGAAAAGUUGAGGAGGAUCAAACCGGGAGAAGCGGAGGAGCUGUCGCGUGCCGCUAACCCGGGAUAAUCCGCAGCACGCGCGUCAUUACCGGACUGAGUGGAAACGGAUCCGAUGCUUUUUUUUUAUUUUAUUUAUUUUAAAAAACAAACAUUAAAGGAUUUACUGUGAAUUUACCGGAGGAAAAAUCCUGAAAAAAACACAUGUUUGCUUCUCGGACUCGAUCACGGAUCAGUAACGGCGCUGAAACCCGGUAUGAAGCGGUUUAACGGAUGUUUGUGACGGUAACGUAACGGACGGUCCCGGGUGUGGAUGCGACCGACGGUGGGUUUUUUUUCUACCGGGGAGAAAUGAGAGGCUGUGACCGGGACACGCGCUGCUCAUCCCGGGACUGAGCACUUGGAGGGAGAGGAGAAGUUACCGCGGGGACCGGGGGAGUUCAGGCGGAUCUUUACCGGCUUUACCGGCUCAUCAUUAACACCAGGAUCAACCCGUUAUAUGGACCGGAUCGAUCGAGACCAUCGACGGAUUUUAAAAUCCGCUUCGUUGUGUCCGGAUCCAUCAGUUUGAUCAGCUGGACAGAAUUAACGAUCCGGUGUAAUCCCGGGUUCCCACGAGAGGGAAAGGGUCAUUGCCACGAAAAAAAAACAAAGUCAAAAUUAAAGCAAAAUCGCAUUCAAAGAAAUUUUCCCUCAAAAGAAUAACAACAUUUGUCUGGAGCUGAGAUUUUAAACCAUUUUAGAACAAAAUCUGCAAACAAAAAUAUCAAUUAAAUGAACACAUGAAUGUUUGGUCAGUUCUUUAUUGUGUAAUAUAAUCAUCAGCGGCUCCCGACCCUGACCCUAAUGUUCUGUGUGGCGUUUUAAUUUCCCACCGAACAACAGUAAUAACAAUAAUCCCGUAACGGCGCGUUGGGGAUUUAUUUGCGCGUUAUUGCCCGGGUGGAGCUGUUGUUGAACUCGGAAGAAAUCAACUUUACGACGUCCGCCGGGGCGCGGAAGUCGUCCCCCCGCGUUCGUUUAAGACCUCGCUCUCUUUGACUGCACGUCCGUCAAAUUUGUGUGGAGUUCACGGCGAGGAUCGUCGUCCGACGGCGCGUCCUCGAGCCCCGAUCCACUCCGCUGUGACUCGAGCUCUUUGCUGUGAAAGUCCAUGGAUGGUACGUUCACUGUACAGCCACAUCCUCAACGGCAUACCACCUCCUCCUCCUCCUCCUUCCUCUCAGCCUCCUCUUGAAAUCAAGCCAUGCUGCAUUGAUUUUUUCCUUUCUUUCCUGUUUCUCCCUCCUCGCCGCUAAAACCAGAACGCACACGGCCACUUCGCCCUCUCUCGAUUGUCGGGUUUGUUUCCUGAAAUGUGAGCCACGAACGCGCCGUGUUCGUGUCAGAGCUGAAGGACGUCCGACGGCGCCCGAGGUCAGAGGUCAUGUUUUCACAGAUGUAACUCGCCCCCGAGAGGUUCGGCAGAAACAGUUAGCCGGAGAGGAGUUUGAAUCUGGGACGAAUGAAACACCCAAACAGAGUUUUUCCUCUGACUCGAGUAUAAAUGUUCCUUCAUUUGAGCUGGAACCUGUUUCCCACUUUGCCCCUUCAGGACAUUUCUCUGUUGUUAAAGUGACACUUGAAGCUAAAUGGGACUCAACGACAGCAGCCCGGGCACCAUGCGGAAUGGCCGCGGCCUCUCGGACCAGUGGGCAGAGUCUGUGGUGGUCCGGCCCCGGACCACGGAGCGCCACAUCACGGUGCACAAACGUCUGGUUCUGGGCUUUGCUCUGUCCAUCCUCACCCUCAUUAUCGUCACGGCUGUGGCUGUGGUGCUCAGUGUCCGCUUCGAGGAGUGUGAUGGGCAGAACCGUGAGGCAGCGGCCGGUGGGUCGGGUUCCAGAGGUUCCGGAGGGUCGGCCAAGUUGAACGGGAGCAGAGGGGAGAGGACGGGGGAGAGGGGGGAUGAGGAGGCGGCGGUUCAGCCGUGGAGAAACUUGCGGCUGCCUGGCUCGGUGAGGCCGCGUCACUACGACCUGCGGCUCGCGGUCUUUAUGGACAACUUCACCUUCUCUGGAGAAGUUAGCAUUGAGCUGGAGUGUGUCAACGCCACACGCUUCAUCGUCCUGCACGCCGAUCGACUCGAGGUCGACCGCGUGACGGUGACGGCGGAGGGAGGCGUGGGCGGUCGCCCCAACAACCGUCCCGGGGGCGGAGUCAUGCGCGUCCACCGCCACUUCGCCUUCCCGGCCAAUCAGAUGUACGUGGUGGUGCUGCACCGCGAGAUGAAGCCCAUGAGGGUUUACCGCCUGAACGUGAGCUUCGACGCCGCCAUCGAGGACGAGCUGCUCGGCUUCUUCAGGAGCUCGUACACGCUGCAGAGGGAGCGGCGUUACCUCGCCGUGACCCAGUUCAGUCCGAUCCACGCCCGGAAGGCCUUCCCGUGCUUCGACGAGCCGGUCUACAAGGCCACGUUCUCUCUCGUCCUCCGCCACGACCAGCAGUACACCUCGCUCUCCAACAUGCCUGUAGAGAGCAGCUCGCUGCCGGACGACGACGGCACCGUGACCAACCGCUUCGCCCGGACGCCCCGCAUGUCCACUUACUACCUCGCCUGGGCCGUGUGCAACUUCACCUACAAGGAGACGCAGACGGACGGUGGCGUGACGAUCCGUCUCUACGCUCGGCCGGACGCCAUUUCCAGCGGCGCGGGCGACUACGCUCUCCACAUCACCAAGAGGCUUCUGGGAUUUUACCAGGACUACUUCAAAGUCCAGUACUCGCUGCCGAAGCUCGACUUGUUGGCGGUGCCCAAACAUCCCUACGCCGCCAUGGAGAACUGGGGUCUGAGCGUCUUCGUGGAGCAGAAGAUCCUGCUGGACGCCGAGGUGUCGUCCUCGUCCUAUCAGAUGGAGCUGACCAUGGUGGUCGUCCACGAGAUCUGCCACCAGUGGUUUGGGGACCUGGUGACGCCGGUGUGGUGGGAGGACGUGUGGUUGAAGGAAGGAUUCGCUCAUUUCUUCGAGUAUGUCGGCACAGACUUCCUCUUCCCAAAGUGGAACAUGGAGAAGCAACGGUUUCUGACUGACGUCCUGCAUGAGGUGAUGCUAUUGGAUGGCCUCAGCUCCUCCCACCCGAUCUCCCAGGAAGUGGAACAAGCGACGGACAUCAACCGAGUCUUCGACUGGAUCGCCUACAAAAAAGGGGCAGCGCUGAUCCGGAUGCUGGCGAACGUGAUGGGACAACCGUUGUUCCAGAAAGGUCUCAACGAUUAUCUGCUGAGUCACAUGUACGGCAACGCGGCGCGAGACGACCUGUGGAGGAAACUGUCCCAGGCCAUGCACUCAGAGGGGCGGGACAUUGACAUCGGCGAGAUGAUGGACAGGUGGACUCUUCAGAUGGGUUACCCCGUUGUCACCAUCAGCAAGAACCAAUCGGAGCAGCUGCCGACACGUUACAUCACCGUCAGCCAGGAGCACUUCCUGUACGGACAGGAAGUGAGGAACAGCAACAACGACAGUUUACGAUGGCAGGUCCCGCUAACGGUCGCCGUGGGAAACAUGUCCACCGCCUCUUUACAGAGUCUCAUCUGGAUCAACAACAGGACAGAGACACACAGGAUCGCGCUGAUGGACGACAGCACCUGGUUGCUCGGCAACGUAAACCAAACGGGCUACUUCCGCGUGAACUACGACCUCCAGAACUGGAAACUGCUGAUUCAGCAGCUUCACGGCAACCCACAGAUCAUCUCAGUGGGAAACAGGGCGGGGCUUAUUGACGACGCAUUCAACCUGGCCAGGGCCGGGUACCUCCCACAGGGCAUUCCCUUGCAGCUGAUUGGCUACCUGCCGGAGGAGACGUCUUUCCUGCCGUGGCACGCCGCCAGCCGAGCACUCUACCAGCUGGACAAACUGCUGGACCGCACAGAGGAAUACAGCCUGUUCAGUGACUACGUGUUAAAGCAGGUUGCUGCGAGGUAUCAUCAGAUGGGAUGGCCGACAAACGGUCUGGGCAGCGAGGGCAGCGUCCUGCAGGCGUCCUACCAGACUGAGGAGCUGCAGCGGGAGCUCAUCAUGCUCGCGUGCAGCUUCGGGAACAAACAGUGCCACCGUCAGGCCGUCGCCUACAUCUCUGACUGGAUCUCCAGCAACAAGAACAGAAUUCCUCCGAACAUCAGAGACAUUGUUUACUGCACCGGCGUCAGUCUCAUGGACGAGGACGUGUGGGAGUUCAUCUGGAUGAAGUUCCACUCGUCCAGCGCCGUGUCCGAGAAGAAGAUCCUGCUGGAGGCGCUGACGUGCUCCGACAACACUUUCCUCCUCAACAGGUUACUGAACCUGUCGCUGACCUCUGACCUGGUCCCGGAGCAGGACGUGAUCGACGUCAUCAUCCACGUGGGCAGAAACCCUCAGGGUCGAAACCUGGCCUGGAGAUACUUCAGAGAGAAGUGGGACGUUCUCAACGCGCGAUACGGUGAAGCUUUGUUCAUGAAUUCAAAACUCAUCAGUGGAGUCACCGAGUUUCUGAACACGGAACAAGAACUCAACGAGUUAAAAGACUUCAUCCAAUCAAGCGGCGUGGGGGCGGGGCCUGCUUUGCCACGAGCACUAGAGAUCGUCGAGGGCAACGUGCGCUGGCACCGCCUCCACCGGCGGCAGUUCUACCAGUGGCUGCGCAAACCUCCGAGCCCUGCCCUCGGCUAAAGGCGCCGUUGGCCAGCGCAAGUGGAGCGGCUGCAGACUGCUCAUGCUAUCGCACCGCUAGCUUCACAGAUGCAGUCAGAACAACCGACGCGACCGCUUCUUCAGCUCGUUUUUAUCACUUUACACAAACUUUUUAUUUCUGAUUCUUUUGCCGUGGAAACGUAAAGAUGAAAUUUAAACAACAAAAGCUGAGAGUUAGCUAGCAGCCACUGUUUGAUAACAGCUAGCAUCAAAACUCCACCUGAAGCCAUCAUUGCCAGCUAACAGCUAGCUUCAAAAUUCAACCUGAAGCAGUGACUACUAGCUUACAGCAUCAGUCACUAUUAGCUAACAGCUAGCACAAAACUCUAGGUUAAAGUUAGCAUCACAGAGAGAUUUUGUUAGAUCAGUGAAAAAUGAGCGCAUUAACAAUAAAAUACGAAGAAUUUGAAUUUAACAAACUUUGAGGAUGAAACAUUUAUGACAAAGUAGCCAGUUAUGAAUUAACGAGAAAAAAAAAGGUUGUCAGAACUAAAAAAAAAUGUAUAUAAAUGUGAUUAUAAAUCUAGUAAAAUUAUAAUAAUUCUGAUUAUUCUUCAGAUUAGUGAAAUCUUUUUAUUUUUCUUCACCUCAAACUAAAAACAACAGAUUAUUUUAAUCUCAGUAUCAGUGAAACCAGAACCAGAUCUAGAACCAGAGUCUGUUUAAUCUGAACCGGAAGUAAACGUGAAAAAAAAUCAAUAAACAUAUUUUUUGUCA